CGGCAGCCUAGCCUAGAGCCUGCCUGGGCGGUCGACCCGUUCUACACGCGCCCGGCAUGUGGAUGGCGGGGUAACUGUGCCAGGCACCACCGGCGCAGGCCACAGCGAUUCCUUCAGUGGAUAAGCCGCCCGUGGUCCCCUGUAUGUCCGCCUCCCGUCGGGCCAAUCAAAUCGCCGUCCUGCCGCCCUCCUUUCGUCAGCCUCGAGGCUUGGGCUGGUGUGGUCGAGCCUCACCACCAUGACCCAACAUCAUCCAACGACGAGCUGCGACUGACUCGACGACUAGCGAGACGAUAUCGAGCCGCCUUAUCGGUUUGUGCGAGGCGAGAAUUCUACUCUAUCUGAGAAGAACACUGUUCUACCGUUUGCGGCCGAGUUGAACACACCUGAGCCAUUUGCUCCGCUCGCUGGCCAUCUCCAGUUGCGUCAUUGGCGCGGCCAUUAUAGCUUAUCACGAACCCUUCGCUCGACUCCUCCUCACUACCUCCCGAUCGCCACCAUGGAGACAUUCAGGUCUCUCUUUGCCAAGCCUGAUCCCCAGGCCCAGAUGCGCAAGUGCAAUGCGUUGAUGCGCCAAAACAUCCGCAAGAUCGAUCGAGACAUUGCCUCAGUCAAGCAAGUCGAAGCCAAGACCAGGAACCUCAUCAUCCAGGCCGACCGUCGAGGCCAGCGCGAUCCGGCCCGCGCCAAGCAGGCCCAGCAGGAGGUCCGGGAUUUUGCGCGCGAGCUCGUCCGGGCGCGCAAGACGUCGGCGCGGCUCGUCACGUCCAAGGCGCAGCUCAACUCUGUGCAGAUGCAGGUCAACGAGGCGUUUGCGGUACGCAAGAUUGAGGGCUCGAUCCGGGCGAGCGUGGGCAUCAUGAAGGACGUCAACACGCUGAUCCGACUUCCGGAGCUGGCGGGCACCAUGCAGGAGCUGAGCGUGGAGCUAAUGAAGGCGGGAAUCAUUGAGGAGAUGGUGGAGGACUCGCUGCCCGCCGAUGGGGAUAUGCUGAUGGAGGACGAGGAGGCCGAGGGAGAAGUGGACAAGGUGCUGGGCGAGAUCCUCAAGGACCGCGAGCCCAAGCUGCCCGUGGCGCCUGUGCCAGAGCCGCAGAAGCCCCAGGAGGAGGAGGAGGAAGAGGAGGAUGCCGAGGCUAUGAUGGACCAGAUGCGCAACCGAUUAGAGGCUCUGCGGAGCUGA